AGGUUGUCAAAAACCUGACGUAAUGAAUUCUGGUACCAAUGUUCUGUGGCUGCCUAUGAAACUCUUGGUAUCUUUCUUGUUUGCAGUAGCAGGAGUUUUAGGUGGGAUUGUUCCAAGCUUUGUUGAUUCCAAUGAACCGGUUUAUCUCAACGCGACAGCAUACAGUGGCACUGAUGUAGUCAUAGUUGAAACAGUCGAUGCUGUACUUGAAACAGCGUUCGCAAAAUUUGAGAAGGGUGUUGAUAUUACUGACAAUGUAUUCAUAGUCGAAAGCUUGGGUUAUCAGUUGUCGAAUAUUUCUUUCCCAGCUAAUGCUACAGUUAAGAGGUGGAAUGCAAACAAUGUACCACUUGGUACACACUUCACUCAAAGAUAAGUAGCCCAACAAGGAAAAUGGUGGUCGGCGUGGUAUCCAGCAAGUUGCCCAAUAUACAAUGGGCUUGGUGAUAAUGACAUUAAGAGAACUGUGAGCUGGAGCAUGUCGUAUGGCUGGUCAGCCAGCGCGGGCUUUGACUUCGGUUUCGGAAGCGGGUCUUCAUUGAGUAUGGGUGUCACAAUUACUAAGAGUAAUACUCAGGGUGGUCUGGAAGAGUACGUUAUCCCUGCACAUGGUGUCGGCCAGGUAUGGCAGCAUCAGUUAAUGGUGUGGCAAGACCAGCAAACUCAAGACUGUGUCAAGAAGCACUACGGAUCGGGUGGUCUUAAAUGUGGUCCGUGGAGUGGAUAUAUCCAUGCAGACAUUCCGGUUGAUGGAGGCUCAGUACAUUCGUGGAGUUCGGGGUAUAACAAUGUCGACACAAGCAGAUGUGGCUGAAACACGUUAUUAAGACCGAU